UUCGCAAUGAUAACAGGAGCACUGCUGAUUCCUUUUAGUUGUUUACGUUGAUUACUGGCUUUUUAUUACCUUAUAAUGGCAGCUUUGCUGCUUUUGCGCACCUGUAGAAGGCCAACCAUUGCUUGCACCUAUACGUACACCUACCAAGGAACAACAAUUGCCAAUCACAAGUACAAUCGUCGUCUUGCCUCCACAGAAGCGGCGGCCGCAAGUGUCCAAUUGGCAAAUGCCGGUGGAUUGGUGGGAUAUUGGCAGACCUUGUCCAAUAGCACCCCAGUGGCCUAUAUGCAGGAUGUGCUCAUUAAGAUCCACGACUACAGCGGUCUGCCUUGGUGGGCAUCCAUCGUACUGUCCACUUUCCUUUUCCGGAGCGUGGUUACCCUACCUCUGACCAUUUACCAGCACAAAAUCACCGCCAGAAUCGAGAAAAUAGCGCUGGAGAUGCCGGCCAUUGUGGAGGAGCUGAAAAAAGAGGCAGCCAUGGCCAAGCAAAAGUUCAAGUGGAGCGAACAGCAGACUCAGAUAGUCUAUCGGCGUUCGAUCAAGAAGCAGUGGCAAAACCUUAUAGUUCGGGAUAACUGCCAUCCCAUGAAGACCAUGAUUGUGCUAUGGGGUCAGAUACCCCUGUGGAUCUUUCAGUCCGUGGCGCUGCGCAAUUUAGUAUACAUGCUGCCGGAUCCCACGUCCAUCCAAGCUCAAAUUGUGACCACCGAAAUGACCAUUGGCGGAUUUGGUUGGAUACCAAACCUCACGGUGGUUGACAACUCUUAUAUCCUGCCUGUAACAUUAGGCCUCAUCAACUUGGCCAUCAUUGAAGUGCAAGCGAUGUCCCGAACCCGUCCUUCCACUCGCCUGCAAAACAUCGCCAACAAUGUGUUCCGUGGAUUGAGUGUUGUGAUGGUCCCAGUAGCCUGUACUGUGCCUUCAGCUUUAUGUGUAUACUGGGUGGCUUCUAGCAGUUUUGGCCUUGCUCAAAAUCUGCUGAUCCUCUCGCCGGAAGUGCGACGAUCUGUGGGAAUUCCCAAAACGCAAACGGAACUCUGUGAGCCGUACGAUCUGCUCUGGCUAAAAAUACAGCAGAGGCUAAGACUUGCCGAGAGGCCACCGGCUGAUAAGCCGGCAGCCAAAUAA